AUGGAUCGUAAUGCUAAGAUGUGCAACAAUCAAGGUUUCUUAUUUCUAUAUCUGACCUAUUGGAUAACCUUCACGAUGGGAUUCGCUGCAUACGUUGAUAAAUGUAGACAAUGUUCUCUUGCCGUGGAAACAUUCAAAGCGGGUCUGAAAAAGACUGAAAAUCAACACUUCGCUGGUGGAAAUACUGAUUGGGAGGAGAGAAAGUUGGGAAAGUUUGCCAAAAGUGAAAUAAGAUUGGUAGAAAUUAUGGAGCAUUUGUGUAAAACGAAAUAUUUGGAUGAUUCGAAUGGGUUUAGAGAUGUCAAGGAUAUCGAAUUCAAGUGUCAGCAGUUGGUUGAAGAACAUGAAGAGAGUAUUGAAAACUGGUACUUUCACAAACAACUUUCCAAUCCUAAUUUCCUGAAGUGGUUAUGUUUCGAAAAGCUGCGGUUAUGUUGCGAUGCGGGUCAUUUUGGUACGGAUUGUAAACCUUGUCCUGGUGUUGACAAAGGUCUACCAGUUUGCUCCGGUCAUGGAUCCUGUCAGGGUGAUGGUUCUCGGGAAGGAAGUGGUAAGUGCAAAUGUGAUAUGGGUUAUGUCGGCUUUAUGUGCAGCAACUGUGAUGCAAAUUAUUAUGCUACACGGAAUAGUUCCACUUUCAUUUGCAGUGAAUGUCACAAAUCGUGUAAAAGCGGUUGUUCUGAUAGUGGGCCACGAAAUUGCAAAGAGUGUCACGCUGGUUGGAUCAUGAAUGAUAGUAAUGAAUGUGAAGAUGUCAACGAAUGUCUCGGUAAAAAUCGAUGUAGUGGUGAGCAUAUUAAGUGCAACAAUACAGAGGGUUCGUACGAAUGUAUCUGUGAAAAAGGCUUUGUCAAAGACUCUAACGGUGUCUGUGAAAUUGAUGUUAAAGUGUUGAAAAAAUUGGAUGAAUAUUAUACAUCGACUUCUAGUAUCACCGUUUUUUCACAAUACACUUUACUUCAAAAUGGAUAG